GAAAGGCCCCUUUCACUUUUAGAUGUUCUUUUCUUGUCCUCUCCCUUUUUUUUUAUUUUUCUUUUUCUUUUCUUUUUCAUCUUGUAUACCCUUCUUAUUCAAUUAAUAUUGACUUAUUAUUAUUAUCAAUAUACACCAAAUAUAACUCUUGUCACCAUUAUUAUUAUUAUUAUUAUCAAUAACUAUAAUUAUUUUAAAUCAUGAUCUCAAUAGAUAAUACAAUGAUAGAUGAUGAAAAAAAAUGGAUAGUUGAUGAACAAGCUUAUGUAAGACGGUUAGAUAAACGACUUUUGGCUUUUGCUAUGUUUGGAAAUAUGGUUAAAACUUUGGAUAAUUCAAAUUUAGGCAGUGCGUUCAUUAGUGGAAUGGAAGAAGAAUUAACUAUUACUGGUGUACAAUAUAAUUGGAUGGGUGUUCUUUUUAUGAUUGGUUAUUUAUCUAUGCAAAUUCCUUCCAAUAUGUUAUUGGCUCGAUGUCGACCCUCUAUCUAUUUACCGUUAUUGGAAACUACUUGGUGUAUUUUGACUAUUUCUAUGGCAUGUGUGAAUUCAGUACAAAGUGUUUAUGUGAUUCGAUUUUGUUUAGGCUUGGCUGAAGCUGGUUUUUAUCCUGGCAUUGUAUUUUUACUUGGCACUUGGUAUACGAAAAGGGAAUUAGGUAAAAGAAUGGCACUAUUAAAUCUUUGUGGAGCUCUAGGCACUGGUAUGUCUGGAUUAGUACAAGCUGUUAUGUUGAAAACCAUGGAUGGUGUAUGGGGACUUAGUGGUUGGAGAUGGAUGUUUUUAUUCGACGCUCUGGUUACAUCUAUUCUUGCUUCUUUUGGUUACAAUUAUUUACCAGAUUAUCCAACAACAACAUCUUGGUUAAACAAAUCGGAAAAGGCAAUUGCUAUUCAACGUGGUGAAAAUAAUUCAAUUUCAAGAGAUAUCAAAAAAGAUGGAGGAAAUCGAUGGGCCAAAUUAAAAAUAUUGACAACCAAUAAAUAUAUUUAUCCUUUUACACUUGGUUGGGCUUCACUACAUGUAGCUCUGGGAGCUUGUCAUGUAUUGGGUAUUACUGCAAAAAAGUUGGGUUACGAUGCUGUUACUGCCAAUCUACUAACAACCCCUGAUACAUUGAUUACAAUGGUAGUUGGUUUGAGUAAUGGAUUUAUUAGUGAUAGAUUACAAUCAAGAAUAUGGUGUUUACUUCUUCCUGCAUCUGUUGGUUUAUUUGGAACUUUGUUGCUAUCUUCCUUUGUUCAACCUUUUGGAUUCCUUUAUUUUGCUUUUAUUAUUACUCAUGCUGGAUUGGGAUCUGUUACUUCGGUGGUAAUGACAUGGGCAAGUGAAAUCAUUACCCCAAAUCCAGAAUUACGAGCUAUGUCAAUAGCAGCUAUGAAUACAUUUUCUUCUAUGAUGUGGACUUGGACACCUUUAGUAUUAUGGCCAGUGACAGAUGCACCUCAAUAUCGUAGGUUCUUUUAUAAUGAAUAUAUCAAAAAUUAUUGACUAUUUAUUAUUAUUAUAGAUAUUGGAUUCCGUGGUUCAGUAUUAGCCGUGAUUUUAUUUUUAUUAUCAAUGACAUCCAUUUAUUAUAUGAAUCAACAAGAAAUUAGAUAUGAUCGAAUUUUAUCAGAUGAACCAUUUAUAGAAGAAGAACAAGACUCUUUAGUUUUGACACAUUUACCUGACUUGAUUCAACGUAGUACUAACGAAAAACAACCAUAAUAAAAAACGAUCAAAAUAUUAUGAUGUAAAACUGACUAUUUGUGUAACCAAUGUUGGUCUUCU